CUCCUCCCCCGGCGCCGCCGCCGCCGCCGCCGCUGCCGCCGCCGCCCGCCGCGCCGGGUCCUAAAGCCGCGCGUCUUAAGAGGAUGGUGCGCCUGGCAGCGGAGCUGCUGCUGCUGCUGGGGCUGCUGCUGCUUACGCUGCACAUCACUGUGCUGCGCGGUUCGGGAGCCGCUGACGGGCCGGACGCGGCCGCGGGCAACGCCAGCCGGACCCAGCUGCAGAAUAACCUCCACAUGGAAAGUGACUCUGCAUCAGAAACGAGCUUUCCUUUCUCCAAAGAAGCAGCCGGGGAACAUCUGGACCACCAGGCUGCACACCAGCCCUUCCCCAGACAGCGAUUCCGGCAAGAGCCUGGGCACCCUUCACUGCAAAGAGAUGGCCCCAGAUCCUUUCUCCUUGAUCUCCCAAACUUUCCAGAUCUUUCCAAAGCUGACAUCAAUGGGCAGAAUCCAAAUAUCCAGGUCACCAUAGAGGUGGUGGACGGUCCUGACUCUGAAGCAGAUAAGGAUCAGCAUCCAGAGAAUAAGCCCAGCUGGUCAGUCCCAUCCCCCGACUGGAGGGCCUGGUGGCAGAGGUCCUUGUCCUUGACGAGGGCCAACAGCGGGGACCAAGACUAUAAGUACGAGAGUACCUCAGAUGACAGCAACUUCCUCAACCCCCCCAGGGGGUGGGACCGUCCAGCCCCAGGCCACCGGACUUUUGAAACCAAAGAGCAGCCAGAAUAUGAUUCCACAGAUGGCGAGGGCGACUGGAGUCUCUGGUCUGUCUGCAGUGUCACCUGUGGGAACGGCAACCAGAAACGGACCAGGUCUUGUGGCUACGCAUGUACCGCGACAGAAUCUAGGACAUGUGACCGUCCAAACUGCCCAGGAAUUGAAGACACCUUCAGGACAGCCGCAACCGAAGUGAGUCUGCUGGCGGGAAGCGAGGAGUUUAAUGCCACCAAACUGUUUGAAGUCGACACCGACAGCUGCGAGCGUUGGAUGGGCUGCAAAAGUGAGUUCUUAAAGAAGUACAUGCACAAGGUCAUCAACGACCUGCCCAGCUGCCCCUGCUCCUACCCCACCGAGGUGGCCUACAGCACGGCGGACAUCUUCGACCGCAUCAAGCGCAAGGACUUCCGCUGGAAGGACGCCAGUGGGCCCAAGGAGAAGCUGGAGAUCUACAAGCCCACGGCCCGGUACUGCAUUCGCUCCAUGCUGUCCCUGGAGAGCACCACGCUGGCCGCCCAGCACUGUUGCUAUGGCGACAACAUGCAGCUCAUCACCAGGGGCAAAGGCGCGGGGACCCCCAACCUCAUCAGCACCGAGUUCUCAGCCGAGCUCCACUACAAGGUGGACGUCCUCCCCUGGAUUAUCUGCAAGGGCGACUGGAGCAGGUACAACGAGGCCAGGCCUCCCAACAACGGACAGAAGUGCACUGAGAGCCCCUCAGACGAAGAUUACAUCAAGCAGUUCCAAGAGGCCAGGGAGUACUAAGGAGAUGUCCCCUCCGGUAUUUGUGACACAAACGCAGUGCGCGGAUCUGCCGCCGGGGCAGGGUGGGGCCGGACUUAUCCACAUCCCGUAGAUAUUUGUAUACACUACGAGGGUAUGUUUCAUAAAUCACCCUAGGGGUGCGCACCUGCCCCGGGUGACGGCUGUCUGAAGCCACCUUGCCAUCCGAAAUGCCCACAGAGCUCCUUGGAAUUCCUCCGAGGGGUGAUGUUGGCAGGAGGAUGGGGACAAAGGAGCCAGAAGAAGAACCUGGAAGCCAUCGUGGGUGGGAUUCAGUGCACACCCAGAUCCUGCGUUUCCUGGAGGAGCAAAGAGGGAAAGACGGGGUUGUAAACGUUAUAAGCAGUUUUUAUAUAUAACUUAUUUAAUAUGAAUGUGACUUAAGCAUAACCUUUUCGCUGGAGUUGUGAAACUGUUUAAUCACUUCUGUGAGAGUUCAGACAGGGGCUCAAGGAGGUGGAAGAGAAGGGAAUUUGGGAGUAAUUUUUUCUUUUAAACUAAAUAACUCAACAGAAGUGUCUGAAAAACAAGAAAAUCCCACCUUAAACCAAAUGUUCUUUAGUCCUGAGGCACCCUGCUGGAGUCUUGACUUCCAGAAUAUCCUUGCCUAAGAUUGGAUAGAAGGAGGAGGGCACAUGGGGAUUUUAGGGGCAAAUCUGAGGACUGGUUUUAAAUAGGCUUUAAACUAAAAGGCCAAUGUUAGCAUAAUGCUCUAAUUCUACUAAAAGGCUACAGAGUGGCAGAAGUGCUGCUCAUGCCUUAGUGGGAGGUUCAGAAGGUGGGGGAAGGUCAGACAUAAAUAUAGGUAAUAGCACUUUUGCAGAAGGAAAAACAAAAGCAAAAUAGAUGGGAAAAGAACAUGGACCUCAUUUCAUCUAUUUUAUUCUAAUACUGUCGUAACAAUUUUUUUUCUCCACCAAUAUAUUACCAGUAAAUACAUAUAAAAAGAGUAGGGGGAAUCAAAUCUAUAAAAUUUCUAAUUUUUUAUGUUUUAAGAAAGGGGGAAAAAACUACGUUAUUUUUGUAAAGUAUUUAUUGAGUCAUUGAGUCUUGUGCAUCAAGCAAUUGUAAUAUGACCUGGUUAUGUAGUGUGGAACUUAGAACAAACAAAGAGUUUGUUCUUAUGCAAUCUUUACUUGCAAAACUCCAGGAAAAGAGAAUAUAUCAUAAAAUCAUAAUAAAAUGAGUUACCCGCAAUAAAUGUGUUACCUGAAAAUAUUUAUGAUGCAAAUACUGUAAAGAACAAGCCCAGGGCGUCGAGGCAGGAGAGAGGGAGGUUCAGACCAGGUGGGAAUAAAAGGCUCAUUGAUUGACUUGAUGGUGGGUGGUAAAACUCACAACACCUUUGGCACCAAGAAUGUCAGGCCAGUCCUCAGGAGGCUGAACUCACUGACACACAGAUAAGUUUUUGCCCACUCAGAGCUAAGAAAGAACUAAGAAAAACAGACUAGAGCAAAGGCAUAAGACAGUCCAGAGGAGGGAUGUCUAGGUGGUUCAGUUGGUUAAGCAUCCAACUCAAUUUUGGCGCAGAUCGUGAUCUCAGGGUCAUGAGAUCGAGCCCCAUGUCAGGCUCCAUGCUGGGCUUGAAGCCUGCCUAAGGUUCUCUUUCUCCCCCUUUCUCUGCCCCUCCGCUACCUUCCCCCCAUCUAUGCCUUUCAAAAAAUAAAAUAAAAUAAAAUAAAAUAAAAUAAAGAAAAAGAAGAAGAAAGGACGAUCCAGAUUUUUGCUUCCAGACAAAAUUGUGCAAUGAUAGAAGUAAGCAGAACUAUUCAUCAUGCAGAUUAUUCUUUUUCCAGAUAAGAAAACCAAAACCCAGGGGAAAAAAUGUAUCACACUAGACCUAUCUUUCAUUUCCUAGCCUAAUGCUCUUUCUACUAUAUCAAAUUGUUGAUGUCCUGGUGGUGUCUUGGGUAUUCUUGAUCCCACUCUUAAGUUCCCCUAAUAAAAUCUGUUCUUUUGGAAAA